UGAUUUAGAAAACAGAAAUGGAGACUAUGGACACUGAGAUUUAUAAGAUCUGAUGAACAGAACUAGUCAGUUGAAUGAACAAUCGUGAAAGCCUGUUUUUAAUCGUAUCAAAUUAUGAAAACUGAGUCGUCAAGUUUAGUAAAUCUAUGCCAAACAUCCAACAGUAUUUUAGGUCCAAAUGAAACCCGCCUUACAGUUGACUCACUGGUACACCAAGAAUCCCAGCGAAACAAAUUAUUCUUCAAUAUAAAACAAAGAAAAGAUCAUUCAUAUCCGGUUACUUUUCACCAUGAUCAAUUGCUUGUUCAGUUGGUGCAAGAGGAUGGGAACAUGAAAGUGAACAGUCUUAUAGUCCCGAGACCAGCUGUUAAUCGGAAGUCAUAUCGUUGGGAUGAACCCCAACAGCCAACACUACUGAGUAGAUCCAAAUACCUGAGACAGUUUCGAAAAUAUCACAGUAAUUCGUAUGAUAAGAGGUGUACAAGAUCUGGAGAUAAUCCUUCUCCACAUAGUGGGUCUGCAGUAGAUGUAAACAAACGUCAUGUAUCGCAUAAUUCUUCUACUAAAAGAAAGAGGACUAAUAAUUCACGACAAAAAAGUUCUGCCAAUUCAAAAAGAAACUCUCCUCUUUCCGUAUCAAGUCUUGACAGUGACGAGAUGGCUGAAGUUCAAAAUAAGCUGGACAAUCUUCAGAUACUUCUGUCACAAACUAAUAAUUUGAAAGUGAAUGACGAGAAAAUCGGUGAUUCGACGGCACCUUGUAUUAAACCAGAUGAAUGUGAUAUCCCUAAGAUGGAGGUUCUUCAGGAUCAGGCACAAGAUGAGAAUAAACCAGUAAGGAAGAUAGACGAAUCUGUAUCAUUUCAAAAGUUGCCGAAUUAUGUUACAUUUUCUGUGAAGAAAUCACAUCAAUAUGCUGUUAGAAAUUGGCUACUUUCUAAUUAUAAUCACAUUUAACUACUUAUUUUAUUAAUAGUAGUCGAAAGAAAUU